UGGCCGGAGAGAAGCAGAGGUGGUAUGAAUAGUAGCCAUCCUAGGUUGGUCAAAACUCUCAGCAAGAUGGGGCGCUCAUCCUUUCAUCCUUUCAUAGAGCAGUAGUAGGCGGGAACCCGCUCCUCCCCCUCUUUCUCUCCCUUCUCUAUCUCUCCUCUCUCCCCUCCCCUCCUCCUCCUUUUUGCUUCUCCUCUCCACCUCUCCACUGGCACCUCUAUCAAGCCCUCUCUUUGUUGACCAAGCCGUCUUCUUCAUCUUGCUAUAUAUUUACAUAUAUAUACAUACAUACUUGGCGGAGCAAGAGCACAAGUCGCGCACGAGACCAGCUUGAAUCGCAGAGCUCUUUCUGCUGCCAAAAUGCCUCGUGUUGAACAUCUACCCACCCCCGCCUCCUCCACCGAGAUCAAGGGAAAGGAUGGUUCACAGUUCUCCUCUCUCCAAAUGUCCUUUGAACUUCCUCCUCCCGCUGUAGUUGGAGGAGGAGGAGAGUCUCGGCCUUCGACUGCUUCCACCAAGGACUCGACGGGCUCCUCGUACCACCCGUCGUCGCCCAAGUCGCCCGUCCUUCCUCCCAGCGAGGUGGUCAAGAUCCGCCGACGGUCCUCGGUGGCGCAGACCCCCAAUAAGGACUCCUUCGCCUUGCCUCCGCCCCCGACUCGGUCCCGGAAGAUCAUCCAGAUGAAACCCAAAGCACAGCCGGAAGAGCACGCGGAGACUCCUGCUGCCGAAGGGCCCAAGAACAACGGGGCCGGAAAGGCGUCACCGGCAAAGAAGAAGCAGCCGUCUUCCACGAGUGUCGCCGGCCGCAAGAUCGCAAGGAAGACGGCGCAUAGCCUGAUUGAGCGCCGCAGAAGAUCGAAGAUGAAUGAGGAGUUUGGAGUUCUGAAGGAUAUGAUACCCGCAUGUACUGGGGAGAUGCACAAACUAGCCAUAUUACAGGCGUCCAUUGACUACGUCCGGUAUCUUGAGGAUUGCGUUGCGAAGCUGAAGGCCGAAAACAAACGUACCAACCCCACCCCCGCUGCAGAGCAGCAGUUCCUUCUCCCCCCACCAGCCGCGAAGGAGCAGUAUAAUAGCUCUUCGCGACCAUAUUCAGCACCAUACGGGGAAGACGAGGAUGUGGAAAUGUGCGAUUCCGAAAGACCAUCCCCAUCGAUGCCUCGUUCCUCGCAGCGCCCAUCCGAGUCCCCCGCGCUGCUACCCCAGGACAACACGCGGCAUCGCCAGGACUCGUACUCAUCCGAGCACGCGCGGCACUACAGCUUCAGCACAUCCUCGACCACGUCCCCCUCCCUCGGCCCAACGACGACGGCUUACGACUACGCCCGCAGCGCAGCGUCGGCCUCCACCCUGACCAGCCCUGCAUUGCCGCCGCAGCGCGAUCUGGAUCAGGAGGCUACGGCGGCGCUGCUCAUGCUGAAUACGGAUCGGAGGGGUACGCAAGGAGGAAGCCCUGCUGCGGGUGCCCGCGGCAUGAGCGUUAAGGAUCUGCUCAUUGCGUAGAUCUCUUUUGUUUUUUGUUUUUGGGAGACUCGGGUCAUAUAUAUAUAUCAUUGUUUUGCUGUUUGGCUGUUUCGCUGGGUAUUUUUAUUGUUAUAUGAAGUCUCUUUUUUUCAUUUUCUUUGGGGGCGUUCUGGGGGGGUCAUAAUACGGAGGUGGAUGGAUGAUGGAUAAGGUAGAUAGAUGCGUUUUGUUUAACCUACCUUACCUUAAGGAUUCUUUCUGUCGAGAACACCGCGUUAUCAAUAAACCGCCUAAAAUAUCAUAACAAAACACUCGAU